AUGGCCGCCUCCACCAUGUCUGUCUGCUCUGACGCUUGCACCAACUCCUCCUGGCAGGUGGAUGACUGCCCAGAGAGCUGCUGUGAGCCUAGCUGCUGUGCUCCCAGCUGCUACCAGCCCAGCUGCUGUGUCCCCAACUGCUGUCAGCAAAGCUACUGUGAGCCCCCAUGCUGUGCCCCCAGCUGCUGUGCCCCAACCACUUGCCUCCUCUGCACCCCAGUGAGCUGUGUGUCCAGUCCCUGCUGCCAAUCUGCCUGUACCAGUGGCUGCGCACCCUCAUGCUGCCAACAGUCUAGUUGCCAGCCAGCUUGCUGCACUUCCUCUCCCUGCCAGCCAUCGUGCUGUGGUCCUCUCUCCUGCACACCUGUAUGUUGUACACCUGUCUGCUGUGGACUUUCCUCUUGCUGCCAGCCAUCCUGCUGUGUGACCCUGUGCUGCAAGCCUGUCUGCUGCAAGCCUGUCUGUUGCACACCCAUCUGUUCUGGAUCCUCCUCCUGCUGCCAGCAGUCUAGCUGCCAGCCCUCAUGCUGUCAGCCAUCCUGCUGUGUGCCUGUCUGCUGCAAGCCUCUCUGCUGCAAGCCUUGCUCCAGCGUGUCCCUGCUCUGCCGCCCUGUGUGCAGACCCGCCUGCUGUGUGCCCAGCUCCUCCCGCUGUGCCUCCUCCUGCCAGUACAGCUGCUGCAAGCCCUGCUCCAGCAUGUCCCUGAUCUGCCGCCCUGCCUGCUCCAGUCAAGCCUGCUGUGGCCUCUCCUCAGGCCAGAAGUCCAGCUGCUGA